GUCGUGUUUGGGGUGAGGAGGAAGAGAAGGACUUUGGAGUGGGGAAAAAGGAAAAGGAAGGGCUGGAAAUCCUUUCCAGGAUGGAGAAGUUCUGGCUUGGGGUGAGGAAAUAUCUGGAGAGGGUUGGGAUUGGCACUGGAGGAGAGGGAAGGGAGUGUGGGAGGAAACAUGGGAGUCACCCCUGAGCACUUUGUGUCCUGUAGCAUCUUGUGGAGAAUCCCAGAGUUUCUCCCGGCUUUGAGAGCGUUGCCCUUGGAGAGGAGGCUCAGCCCGACGAGCUGAUGAACGAGGACAUCCGUAUCCACAGCUGGCCUUGCUCCUACUACCUGGACACCGGGAAGCAAUGGAUCUCUGGGAAACUCUCCCUGACUCCCGUCGGCAUCAAAUUCACAGCUGACAAAACCGGGGAGCUCUUGGUCGACUUCCACCUUUCCGGGAUCAGCGAGAUCAAGAAGGAAUCUUCCAACCUCAUCUUCAGCUCCCUCACCAUCCUGGAGAAGAACACCAAGCACUGGUUCAGCUCCCUGCAGCCCAACAGGAAUGUGGUGUUCAACGUCCUGGAGCACUUCUGGAGGGAGCAGCUGCUGGAGAGCCGAGGGGCGGGAGCGGAAGGAGCGGCCGCGCGGCCCGGGAAGGGCAAGGAACUGACGGGAAUGUUGGCGGGAUCCCAGAAACGCCUGGAGGACACGGCCAAGGUGCUGCACUACCAGGGGGAGCAGUUUGACAACAUCAUGAAAGGGCUCAACAAGAUCGAGGGGGACAUGGAUGUGGCCGACAGGUUGUUGACUGAGCUGGAAUCUCCUUCCUGGUGGCCCUUCAGCAGCAAACUCUGGAAAACACCUCUGGAAUCCAAGCCCAAGGAAGCGGCCGCAGCUUCCGAGCCCAAGAACCAGGAAGGAAUCAUCCUGAGAAUUCCAGUCAUUAUCACCCACAGAACAGACUCCAGUGCCAAGCCAGGAAAACUCACCCUCUUUGCUUCUGGCCUGGAGAUCAGUGACUGCAAUUCCCAGGUGAUCCACAGGUUUGAAUCCCGGGAUGUGGAUGAUAUCCGGGUGCACACUCCCUACGAGAUCAGCGUCCGCCAGAGGUUUAUUGGGAAGCCUGACACGUCCUACAGGCUCCUGUCAGCCAAGAUGCCAGAGCUCAUUCCCGUCCUGGAGAUGCAGUUCAGCAAGAAGAUGCAGUUCCUGGAGGAUGCCUUGGGAUUUGUGGGAGCCAGGAAGUCUCCUCAGGUGGAUUUGGGGACGUCCAUCUGGCAGGCGGCCACAGGACUCCUGGGAGGGGUGGUGCAGCCUGGAUCUCCAGCAGGAAGCAGGGAAGGGAUGGACAAUGAGCAGGUUCAGCUGCAGCAGCACGAGAAGGUCUCCCAGGAAGAGGCAAAAGAGCUGAGACAGAUCCUGAAGAAGCUGAAGGGCCUCGCCCUGGAGACGGAAGCAGAGCUGGAAAGGCAGGAUGAGGCCCUGGAUUCCAUCAGCAGCUCCGUGGACAGGGCCACGCUGACCAUCGACAAGCAGAACCGCAGGAUGAAGAGGCUCACGUAGCCCUGGGAAUGGGAAUGGGAAU